UGGGAAUCCGAGAAGUUUGCUUUUCCUUGAAAAGACUCACCUUUUCUUUGAUUGCGAGUCACCGCCCCUGCUCGUGACUCAUCCCGCAGGCAUUUGAGUCAGCAGGUUCGUGUGAUCUCAAGUCAAGCAAAGGUGGGAUCAUGGCUUCUGUCUGGGUGGGACACCGAGGGACGAUCCGCGAUUACCCGGGCUUCAGCCCGUCUGUGGAUGCAGAAGCGAUUCGGAAGGCGAUCAGAGGAAUCGGAACCGACGAGAAAGCACUCAUCAACAUUCUGACCGAAAGGACGAAUGCACAGCGGCAGCUGAUUGUGCGGGAAUACCAAGCGGCAUAUGGAAAGGCACUGAAAGACGACUUGAAAGGCGAUCUCUCCGGCCACUUCAGGCAGCUCACGGUGGCCCUCGUGACUCCUCCGGCUGUGUUUGAUGCGAAGCAGCUGAAGAAAUCCAUGAAGGGCGCUGGCACCAGUGAGUGCGCGCUGAUUGAAAUCCUCACCACCAGAACGAGCAGGCAGCUGAAGGAGGUCUCGCAAGCCUACUACACAGAAUAUAAGAAGAGUCUUGGAGACGACAUUAGUUCUGAAACUUCUGGUGAUUUCCGGAAAGCUCUGUUGACUUUGGCAGAUGGCAGAAGAGAUGAAAGUCUGAAAGUGGACGAGCUGCUGGCCAAGAAAGACGCCCAGAUUCUCUAUAAUGCUGGGGAGAACCGAUGGGGCACAGAUGAAGACAAAUUCACCGAGAUCCUGUGUUUGAGGAGUUUUCCUCAACUGAAACUGACAUUUGACGAAUACAGAAACAUUAGCCAGAAGGACAUUGAGGACAGCAUAAAAGGAGAGCUGUCUGGGCAUUUUGAAGACCUGCUUCUGGCUAUAGUUCAUUGUGCCAGAAACACGCCUGCCUUUUUAGCUGAAAGACUUCAUCAGGCUUUAAAGGGUGCUGGAACCGAUGAGUUCACUCUGAACCGAAUCAUGGUUUCCAGAUCAGAAAUGGACCUUUUGGACAUUCGAGCGGAGUUUAAGAAGCAUUAUGGCUAUUCCCUGUACUCGGCAAUUAAAUCGGAUACUUCUGGAGACUAUGAAGCCACACUCUUAAAGAUCUGUGGAGGAGACGACUGAGUCCUGAAGCUCGUCUCUGAAGGUCGCUGUGCCCACGAUGGGCCUUUCCAACAGCUACUCACUCCUUUCUCAGAGUAUGAAAAGUAGAAGCAAGUGUACACAGCAGAGCGUUUUCCUAACCGACAUGUCCAUCAUUCCAUAGUAACAGCAAACAGUGAUCACAGCAGAGCACGUCGGCAUCCCGUACUGAUUCAUACAUGAAAUUUUUAAAUGGUGUGAAUGAUCUGCUAAUACAACACGAAUUAUUUUUCUGCUUAGGAAGCGAGAAUCUUUGUAGAAUUCUAACACAUGAACUGUGUAAUCAGACUCAAUAAAAGUUGUUGCCUUUGUGAAAGGAAA